UAAUACAUAGACAGGAAAUAAUUGAUAAAUAAUAAAUAUAAACUAGAUUAAAAUGUUUCACAUUGAAGGACUUUAUUUCAUUGACAUUUUAUUUGAGAUUCAGUUUAGAAACUGUUUCAUGUCUUUACACAUUUAUGCGCACAUUAACGCGCGCGAGAGCUGAGAACUGGAUACGCUGUGUGCUCUCACACUUCCUCUUUAUGCUUAAUCUCUUCCGCACGCACACACACACACACACACACACACUCAUAAGUAAACUCUUCCUCGUUGCUUUCGGCUCGCGCUGCACCUGCUCGGUGAUCAGGGGUCCACACCAGACUGCAGAACCGGGAGAAGGAGUGGGUCAUGUCCACGCGCCGCUAGUUCUGACCCUCGGUGGCCCUCUUUGUUCCCUCUUUUGUUUGUUUGUUUGGUUUGUUUGUUGGUGCAUAAAUGCGCUACACUGGCUCCCUGAAGGUGCGCGUGGGCGAGGCCGUGGACCUGAAGCCCACCAGCGCGUCCACGCGCCACGCCGCCGCUUUCGGUAAACCCGGCCUGGCUCUGAACCUGACCCUGGGCGCGCCCGCGACGCUGGACCCGUACGUGGUGGUGAAGGUGGACGAGCUCGCGGUGGGACAGACGCGCUCCAAACCGCGCACCAACGCGCCCACUUACAACGAGGAGUUCAGCGCGUGCGUGAGCCGCGCCGAGAGACUGGAGUUCGCCGUCUUUCACGAAUCGCCGAUCGGUUACGACGACUUUGUGGCAAACUGCACCAUCCACUUCGAGGACCUGAGGAAGGGGACGAGCCCCGAGGAGACCUUCGAAGGAUGGGUUGACCUGGAGCCUGAGGGGAAGAUAUAUAUCCAGAUCACUCUAAAUGGGUCAUUUACUGAGGUUUCUGAGGAACCAGCUCCUCCUCCUCCUGCGUUUAAGGAGUUCAGUCGGAAGCGUCAGCGUGCAGUGAGACGGAGAGUCCAUCAGGUCAAUGGACACAAGUUCAUGUCCACUUUCCUGAAGCAGCCUACGUUCUGUUUUCACUGCAAGGAGUUUAUAUGGGGUGUUUUUGGAAAACAAGGGUACCAGUGUCAAGUGUGUACCUGCGUCGUCCACAAACGGUGCCAUCAGCUUGUCGUCACUGUGUGUCCACGCAUGAAGAAACCUGCCAAAGAACAGUCGGUGAAUCAGGGUUUCAGUAUUAACGUUCCUCACAGAUUUAAUAUACAUAAUUAUAAGGUCCCUACGUUCUGUGAUCACUGUGGAUCUUUACUCUGGGGCCUCAUGAAACAGGGACUGCACUGUAGCAUCUGUAAGAUGAAUGUUCAUAUCCGUUGUAAAGGAAAUGUCGCGCCAAACUGUGGUGUAAACAAUGUGGAGCUUGCUAACAAGUUAGCAGAGAUGGGACUUCAACCAGGAGGGACCAUAAAGCGCAACGCAUUGAGCCCAUCCGCUGUGGAAUCCUCCUCCAACCGUGCCAGUAUAAAUAAAGGUGUGUCUCCACAAGAAAAUAAGGGUCGAACGAUGCACAUUGAGGACUUUACAUUGAUCCAGGUUCUUGGCAAAGGCAGUUUUGGCAAGGUGAUGCUGGCACGCUUUAACGACUCGGAGCAUGUAUUCGCUGUGAAAGUUCUAAAGAAGGACGUGAUUCUGCAAGACGAUGACGUUGAGUGCACACUUACCGAGAAACGAGUGCUGACGCUCGCACAUUCACACCCCUACCUCACACACCUGUACUGCUGCUUCCAGAAUUUGGAGCGCCUGUUUUUUGUGAUGGAGUUUGUGAAUGGUGGAGAUCUCAUGUUCCACAUUCAGAAAUCACGGAAGUUCGAAGAAAACAGAGCGCGAUUUUACGCAGCUGAAAUCACCUGUGCACUCAUCUUCCUGCACAGCAAGGGCAUCAUAUACAGGGAUCUAAAGCUGGAUAACGUGCUGCUAGAUCGGGAUGGUCACUGUAAGCUGGCCGAUUUUGGGAUGUGUAAGGAGGGGAUGUUUGAAGGAACCGCUACUGGAACGUUCUGCGGAACUCCAGAUUACAUUGCUCCUGAGAUCCUGCAGGAGAUGCUGUACGGGCCGUCAGUUGAUUGGUGGGCUCUGGGCGUGCUCCUUUACGAGAUGCUCUCAGGCCACGCCCCCUUUGAGGCAGAGAACGAGGAUGAUUUGUUCGAGUGCAUCCUGAACGAGGAGAUCGUUCUGGCGUCAUGGUUGAGCACUAAUGCCGAGGACAUCCUUAAAGCUCUCCUGAUGAAGAAUCCGACUCGGCGUCUGGGCUGCGUGACUUCGAGCGGCGGAGAAAACGCUGUUAUGGCACACGCCUUCUUCAACACCAUCGACUGGGAAAAACUGAACCGGCGAGAAAUGGAGCCUCCAUUCAAACCACAAAUCAAAGCCGGUGAGGACGUGAACAAUUUCGACCCAGACUUCACAAAUGAAGAUGCAGUUCUCACUCCCUUCGAGGAAUCCUUGAUCCCACAAAUUAACCAGGACGAGUUCAGCAAUUUUUCCUUUACCUCAGAGGAAAUGCUGGAGUACUGCGAUUUGUAAAAACAAAACUAAAAACAGAGCAAUGUCGCAGGAGGAAGGUGAACUCGUCUCAGCGGUCGCUUUGAGAUUUGACAUUGUGUGUUUUUUAAAAUAAACAAGAACUCCUUUCAGAAUUUUUAAAAAGCUUCGAUGGAAGAUGUCAAGAGUCAACUAUACCUGUUUACAAAAUCGCCACAUACUUUGAUAAUGAGAAUACGUGGGACUCAUCAGGGAUGUGAUUCAUCAAAUACAUUCGAUAUUUAUAAAAAUGAAAGACAUAAACCAGCUACUGCUCUUGGAUUUGAAGCGCAUCAAAAACUCUGACUUUUUCUUUUAUUGACUGUAACUGGAAACUUGCAAAAAAUGAUUGCGUUAAUGUUUUACACAACAAAUGAUGGCACCAUAGCGCUUAAAAUGUGACCUUAUGUGGAGCAAAUACAAAGUAUUCAGACUCUUAUCAAAGUAUAGUGAAGACUAUCCUGACUGUUGCUUUUAUACUAAACUCAAGAGGUGAGAUUAGUUGUUUUUUUAUUUUGUUUUUUUAUUUUUUUAAAGGAAUACAAUUUUGUCAGUGAAAAUAGUUUGUAUUAUGAGCAUUUAAUUGUAUCUAUAGUUAGCUUUAGGUUUUAUUACUGGAGUGUAUAUACGAUGGAAAAACCUCCUGGGAUCAAUAUUCCAGUGCAAAAAAAAGGAAAUAAAAAAAGAACUGUCACAGUAUUGCA